AUGAGUCCUAGUUCUAAUCUGAUGGAUCUGGAAGAGCUAACAUGGAACGCAAAGCAGAUACAAGAAGACGUUUUGGAAGAGAUACUCACACUUAAUGCCAACACUGAGUACCUCCAUCGCUUCCUCAAAGGUAGCUCCGACAAAGAGCUUUCUAAAAAGAAUGUACCUGUGGUCACAUAUGAGGAUGUUAAGCCUUAUAUCGAACGUGUUGCGAAUGGAGAGCCCUCAGAUGUGAUUUCGGGUGGACCUAUUACUAAGUUCCUCCGAAGCACCGGAACUUCAGGAGGGAAACAAAAGAUAUUUCCUGUGAACGAUAAGUACACUGAGAAGCUUGGAUACGUUAUUGCUCUACAAUCUCACGCUUUAUCCAAGCAUUUUGAUAGCGGUGGCGAGCAAGGAAAGGCGAUGGAGUUUCAUUGCACUAAACGGCCAUCGGAAUCACCUUCUGGUUUACCAAUUACUGCAGUAUUUUCAAGCUUCUUCAUGAGUGAUUACUUCAAAAACCGGCCAUCAAAGUGUAGUUCUCAGUACACAAGCCCCGACCAAGUUAUAUUGUGCCCUGACUACAAACAGAGUAUGUACUGCCAUUUUUUAUGCGGGCUUGUCCAGAGAGACAAGGUUGUGAGUGUUGGUGCAACCUUUGCUUUUGUCUUGGUCCGAGCAAUCGAUUUUCUUAAGAAUUACUGGAAGGAAUUGUGUAGCAACAUCCGGUCAGGUAAUGUUAGUGAGUGGAUCACUGACCUUGAUUGCAGAACCGCUGUCUCAAACAUUCUUGGAGGAGCUAACACCAUAUUGGCUGAUUUGAUUGAGCAAGAAUGCAACAACAAGUCAUGGGAAGGUAUCAUCACUCGACUUUGGACCAAAGCCAGAUAUAUUGAAUGCAUUAUUACAGGACAAAUGUCUCAAUACAUUCCAAUAUUGGAUUUUUACUCCAACAAGCUUCCUCUAGUUUCCACAACAUAUGGGUCUUCUGAAAGUACGUUUGGGAUGAAUGUGGAUCCUCUAUGCAAACCACAAGAUGUCUCCUACACAUUUGCACCAAACAUCUCCUACUUCGAGUUUUUACCUGUUGAUCAUGAGGGAGACAUGGCCAGCAUUGUUGAUCUUGUUGAUGUCAAGUUAGGGUGCUACUAUGAACCUGUUGUCACUAACUAUUUUGGCUUACAUAGAUAUCUUAUUGGAGAUAUUCUACAAGUGACUGGAUUUUACAACAGCACACCUCAAUUUAGAUUUGUACACAGAAAAAAUGUGGUUUUAAGCGUUAGAUCGGAGACCACAACUGAAGAGGAGCUUUUGAAGGCAUCGGCUAACGCGACCGUUGUUCUUGAAUCUUCAAAUCUAAUGUUGGUGGGAUUCACAUGCUAUGCAGAUAUCUCCACUUUUCCAGGUCACUAUGUCUUCUACUGGGAACUCAAAGCUAAAGGCGUUAACAAUGUUUUCGAGAUUGAUAAGAACGUAAUGGUGAAAUGUUGCUCUGCAUUAGAAGAAUCAUUUGGUGAAGUGUAUAAAAAAAAUAGGAGUGAAGAUGGAGCUAUAGGAGCUCUAGAGAUAAGAGUGGUGCAACAAGGAACAUUUGAUUCUCUCAUGGAAUAUUUUGUCUCCUUAGGUGGUUCGAUUGCUCAGUACAAAACACCCUUAUGUAUCAACUCUUCAUCCGAAGCUUUAGCAGUUCUUGAAAACAAGGUUCUUACUCGAUUCUACAGCGAAAGACCUCCUCCUCUUGACUCAUAGUUGUUUGUAUUCUAUAUGCUUUGAAUAAACCAAAUUGUUACAUGUUCUUUAUGUUGAGGGGCUUGAAAGCUUAAGCUUUAAA